UAUUCAAACACACUUCAGUUUAUUCGAUGUUGAUUAACCCUUUCUCCGUCAUUCAGCUUCUUGUCUUCUGUUUUUGUUUGAUCUAUUUUAUGCUAUUUAGAGACUGAAUGUGCCUCAUUUCAUGCCAAUUGCAUUUGGAUUAUCAUUUGUGCAAAUCACAGAAUGGAGUUAAGUAAUGUUACACUAUUCUAUGAAUGUAAUUCAUUCAGUGUUACUUCAUGUGUGCAUAUUUUCUCAGCUUUAGUUUAAAGUUCCCUUGGUACUUAUCUUCUCUUUGUGUUUUUACCCUCCAUCUCUCCUAUUACCCCUCCUCUUUGCCCAUUCCCUGUCUGCCACCCUCCUUCCCUGUUUCUCUCUCCCUGCCUCUUUUUUUCUCCCAGGCAAGUGAUGCGCGCUGCAAGAGGUGUGUGCGUUUAGUGUGAGCGAGAGCUAUUGGUGUGUGUGUGUGUGUGUGUGUGUGUGUGGAGAGAGAGAGAGACAUAGACCGAGCCCCUAACACAGAGCAUGCCUCUGCGUCCAGCAGCCGGCAAACAUGAGCCACCCAGCCCUCCACGGCAGGACCAGCAGCAGCAGCAGCACACACACACACACUCGCACACACUCACACACCCUUACACACACGCAGCAAACGGCAGCCAGGGGGCCAGCACUGACAGCGGCAGCUCCCGGGAAGAGGACAGCAGCGUUCCCGUUCCUGUCAGUGUUCUGGCUUUCCGCCCCGGUGCAGAGCGGAGCCACAGUGCAAGAGCACCCAUGGAGGAACCGACAGGCAACACUGUGGUCAUCCGCAUUGGAAUCCCAGACCUACAACAGACGAAAUGCAUGAAAUUCAAUGUGGAUGCCCCUAUCUGGCGGUCCAAACAGCGGAUCCUGUGUACUCUCAACCAGAGCCUGAAGGAUGUACUCAACUAUGGCCUAUUCCAACCGGCUUACAAUGGAAAGGCUGGGAAGUUUCUGGAUGAAGAAAGACAGCUAAGGGAAUACCCUUUCCCAUCCAUUGCUCCUGUACCUUACCUUGAGUUCCGCUAUAAAAGACGUGUCUACACUCAAACCCACCUGGAUGAAAAGCAGCUGUCUAAGCUCCACACAAAGGCAAACCUGAAGAAGUUUAUGGAGUAUGUGCAGCAGAGGAACAUUGAAAAGGUCUCAAGGUUCUUGGAAAAAGGCCUGGACCCCAACUUCCAUGAUCCAGACACAGGAGAAUGUCCUUUAACGCUGGCAUCACAGCUGGAGGGAUGUGCAGAUCUCAUCAAGGUGUUGAAGAGUGGAGGAGCGCAUCUGGACUUCAGAACAAAAGAUGGCAUUACUGCCCUACACAAGGCUGUGCGCAGCAAGAAUCACACAGCGCUUAUAACACUGUUAGACUUGGGUGCAUCACCUGACUAUAAAGACAGUAGGGGGUUGACUCCUCUCUACCACAGCUCCAUGGUAGGAGGAGACCCCUACUGCUGCGAGCUGCUGCUGCACGAUCACGCACAAGUUGGCUGUGUGGAUGAGAAUGGCUGGCAGGAGAUACACCAGGCAUGCCGCUAUGGCCACGUGCAGCACUUGGAACACCUGCUGUUCUACGGAGCUGACAUGAGCGCCCAGAAUGCAUCUGGAAACACAGCCCUGCAUGUGUGUGCACUCUACAACCAGGAUAGCUGUGCAAGAGUUCUCCUGUUCCGGGGGGCGAAUAAAGAAAUAAAGAACUACAACAGCCAGACCGCCUUUCAGGUGGCUAUUAUAGCAGGAAACUUUGAUCUGGCUGAAAUCAUAAAGGUCCACAAAGCAUCAGAUGUUGUGCCUUUCAGGGAGACCCCCUCCUACACCAACCGUCGACGUAUGAUCCCUGGCCCCCAUCCCUCGCCACGUUCCUUGCUUCGCUCUGCGAGUGACAACAACCUGAAUGGGGACCACGAUCACAUCCACACUCAAAGCCCCCGAGAGAUGCGUGGCCGUCAGGGUCACUCCCCUGUCCCCUCACUGCGCAGCCUGCCAGCUCUUGGGCAGCAGCACAGCAGCCUUGGAGAGAGUCGUCAUGGAGAGAUCCCUGACAGCAGUCUCCAGAGCACUGGCAGCUCCAGAUCUUCCCAUUCCCGCUCCCCUUCACUACAUCACAUGCAUGAAGAGGACAAGCCGGUCCCCAGAAGGUCCCAUAGUCAUGGCUACCCUCACGGAUACGGCCCUCGUGGAAGACUCAGCCCCGGCUCAGUGCAGCGAGACCCAAGCCCCCCUCAUCACACCCCUCCAGUGCUGACAGGCCCCCGUGGGCCCAAACGUAAACUCUACAGUGCUGUCCCAGGACGUACCUUCAUCGUAGUCAAGCCCUACACACCACAGGGGGAGGGAGAGAUCCAACUCAACCGUGGAGAGAGGGUCAAAGUGCUGAGUAUAGGGGAAGGAGGUUUCUGGGAAGGCACGGUCAAAGGGAGGACAGGCUGGUUUCCAGCAGACUGCGUGGAAGAAGUUCAGAUGAGGCAGUAUGACCCACGACUAGAAACUCGAGAGGACCGCACAAAGAGACUGUUCAGACACUACACUGUGGGAUCCUAUGACAACUUCACCUCAUACAGUGACUAUAUCAUAGAGGAGAAGAAUGCUGUUUUACAGAAGAAAGAAAACGAAGGGUUUGGCUUUGUCCUGCGGGGAGCCAAAGCUGAGACGCCCAUUGAGGAGUUCACCCCCACCCCAGCGUUCCCUGCCCUGCAGUACCUGGAGUCUGUGGAUGUGGAGGGAGUGGCCUGGAGGGCUGGCCUUCGGACAGGAGACUUCCUCAUCGAGGUAAACGGGGUGAAUGUCGUGAAGGUUGGCCAUAAGCAGGUGGUGUCUUUGAUCCGGCAGGGAGGCAACAGGCUACUGAUGAAGGUGGUGUCCGUCACACGCAAACCUGAGUCUGAGGAAGUUGUUCGUAAGAAAGCUCCCCCGCCACCCAAGAGAGCUCCCAGCACCACCCUUACACUGCGCUCUAAGUCCAUGACCGCUGAGCUGGAGGAACUGGAGAGACUAGAUGAGAUGUUGGCAUCCCAGGAGUCUAUGUUGCGUUCUCAACCCUCAGAGGCAGAUUACAGAGCAGCCACUGUCAAACAACGGCCUACCAGCAGGAGAAUAACACCAGCAGAAAUCAGCUCACUGUUUGAGAGACAAGGGAUGACUCUACAUGGUGGACUUCACCCAGGCAUGGAGAGAGGUCAUAUACCACUACCUAAGGGGAUGUCCAGGACCAAAUCUUUUGGUGCCACUGAGGAGGAUCGGCUGUCUGCCCUGGCAGGUGAGCACCGAUUCCCCCGCAGUUCCUCUAUGACGGACAGCCUCAGAGACCACUCUCAACCCCAUCCCAUCCCUCCACCGCCACAAACAGCACCUCCUCCUCCCCCUUAUUACCUAGACACUGGUCCUCCUCCAGCUUUCUGCCCCCCUCCUCCUCCAUCCAGGACCCAGAGUCAGGGCCAUGAGCCUGGAGGACGCUCCAGCUUCAAGCCCUCCUCGUUGGACCUGCCUUAUGAGGCCACUCAGCGGCAGGCCUCACACAUUGAGAGACAGAAAAAAGCCCGGUCCAUGAUCAUCCUCCAGGACUCUUCCCAUCUACCUGUAGAACCUACAGAAAUUCCCCGUCCUUCUGCUGCUACGCCACCUGAGCGAAUCAAGAGGAAGGGUCGGGUUAUUGACAACCCUUAUGCCAAUGUGGGGCAAUUUAGCAUUGGACUAUACACACCCACAAAGCCCCAGAGGAAGAAAAGUCCCUUGGUGAAGCAACUGCAGGUGGAGGAUGCACAAGAAAAAGCUAGUUUGGCCUUAGCUGCUACCCACUCCCGAGAAAGCUCACCCUCAGGACGACACCCACAUACCCACGGGCACACACACACCAGCCGUGUAGACUACUACCAGCAGCAGCUGAUGGCUGAGCGAGAGCGUCUACGUGCCCAGGGAGAGAUGAUGUUUCAGGGUAAGGGCCCCUUUGCUGCGGCAAUUGCUGGAGCAGUGAAGGAUCGUGAACGUCGCCUAGAAGAACGGAGGAAAUCCACUGUCUUCCUUUCUGUUGGGACUAUGGAGGGGGCAUCUACCACCAGCUCCGAGGCUCCCUCCCUGACCCAGUCUCACUCCAUCGAUGAGCGCAUGCUCACACGAGAGCUGGGUCAGCUGCCUCCUCCUGCCUUGGCUCUGAGCCCCUCACCUAGUGGGACCACCUUUAUCCAUCCACUCACAGGAAAGCCUCUGGACCCCAACUCACCACUGGCUCUUGCGCUGGCCGCAAGGGAGAGGGCACUGACCUCUCAGAGCCCAACUAGCAGCCCAGAGCCUAGGACUAAACAGGAGCGGGUAGGCCAGGGCGUUAUAUUCAUUGACACUCAGACCAAAGAGUCUCCGCAUGGGGAAGGGGCACCUUCAUCUCCACCAUUUUCGCCUAAAAGCGCCAAGGCAGCGGGAUAUGGAGUUGGAACCUCCCCAACGCCAAUCUUAGUUCCUCAGCCCACCAAAUCACAGUGGACCACAUCACCGUCAACUGUAUCAUUCCGACAGGAGAUGGAGGCCAGAGUAGAGGAGAGGAAGGAGGAGAAGAGGCUAGAGGAUAAGAAAAGUAUGUUGAUCAGUAUUAUGGAUACUUCACAGCAGAAGACAGCAGGGCUGAUCAUGGUCCAUGCUACCAGUAAUGGCCAGGCAGUUGGGGUAGAUUCAGAGCUAGAACAAACACCUGCCCCAGCAUCCACAGAGCCCAGUAAAUCUCCAAGUCCACGGGCAAAAUCCCCCAGUCCCACAGUCUCCCAGCCCCAGCUCCAGGCCCAGCCUCAGACUCAGCGUCCUGCUAGCCCAGCCCAAGAGAAGAGCCUGGCUCAGGGAAGCUCCGAGGAGGAUGUGGAUCCAUACACAGUGACCCUGCCCCCUGCAAUGCUGUCCUCCAGUGAUGAGGAAACACGAGAGGAGUUACGUAAGAUAGGAGUCGUCCCACCACCAGAUGAGUUUGCUAAUGGGCUGCUGGCACAGGCACAGGCACAGGGGAUGCCAGGGCCCCCAACUAAACCUGCCACCUCUCCUACCACCCCUACAACUCCAACUCCCCAAACCCCCUCAACCCCAACCACUCCAACUGUGGCCCCCACUCAGCUUCAGCCUCCCCAGCCCCCACCUCCCACUAGUGCAACAGCUGUCUCAGGGAAGCCCUCUGACCCUUUGGAGCCCCCACCAGUGGGCGAGUCUGGCUCUGCGGCUGACUCAGGCGUGGAGGAGGCCGACACACGCAGCUCCAGCGACAGAGAGCGAGACCACCAUCUCGAGACCACCAGCACUGUCUCCACGGUUUCCAGCAUGUCCACAUUGUCCUCAGAAAGCGGCGAGCCUGCUGACACACACACCACACACACCUCCUAUGCCGACGGGCAGACUUUUGUGCUCGACAAGCCGCCAGUGCCUCCUAAGCCCCGACUCAAGUCCCAGAUAGGAGGCAGUAAAGGCCCCGUCACCUUCAGGGACCCUCUGCUGAAGCAGAGCUCUGACAGCGAGCUGCUAUCUCAGCAACAGGCUGCUGCCCUGGCUGCUGCUGCGGCUGGAGGAGCUGGACUGCCCUCAGGUGGUUCAGCCUCAGUGACUGGACUAGCUCCCACCAAGCCGCGCUACCUCUUUCAGCGGAGGUCCAAGCUGUGGGGAGACCCAGUGGAGCCCCGUGGGCCAGGAGUGGGACUAGGUAUUGGGAGUUUGGGCAAUUUAGGUGGGCUCGGACUGGGGCUGGGUGCAGAUGACGGAGCAAAACCAUCUGUUAUGGGGGAGCUCAGUUCACGACUACAGCAACUAAAUAAAGACACUAGGUCACUGGGAGAGGAACCACUGGGAGCAUCAUUGGACCCUGGGAGAAAGUCGCCUGUGGCAGGUGCCAGACUUUUCAGCAGCCUAGGAGAGCUCCACACCAUUUCACAGAGAAGUUAUGGCACCACAUACACCAUCCGCCCUGGCAGCCGUUACCCCGUCACCCGACGCACCCCAAGCCCAGGUUCAGGCUCACCUGAUCGGGGCGACCCUCUAGGACGAUUCUCAGGCUUCGGCCUACCGACCUCACCGACUACACCACCACAAACCAUCCUCAAAUCCUCUAGCCUCAGUCUACCCCAGGAGCCGAAAGAGGUUCGCUUUGUAAUGAGGAGCUCCAGCGCUCGCUCCCGCUCUCGCUCCCCAUCCCCGUCACCUUCCCAUUCCCCUGGGCUGGGUUCACCACUUCUGGCCCUCAGACCCUUCCACCAGAAACCCCUCCACCUCUGGAACAAGUACGACGUCGGAGACUGGCUGGAGAGCAUCAAUUUGGGAGAGCAUAGAGCAGGGUUUCAGGAGCAUGAGAUUGAAGGCUCUCACCUCCCAGCUCUAACCAAGGAUGACUUUGCAGAGCUGGGAGUGACGCGAGUUGGACACCGCAUGAACAUUGAACGAGCACUAAAACAGCUACUAGAGAGCUGACCCCUGCCCUGAGACACAGCAACAGAUGGAGAGGGAGAUAACGACAGAGCAGGGCAAAAUUUUAAGUUGAUGAAAAUAAGAAAAAAGAAAGCAACCGCUCCUCUUUUACUCUGGCUGCUUUUAAGUUUCACAUCACAAAUGUUUAUCUAUGGUCUUUAGCGACACUUUACAUUCCCGUUCUGCAUUAACGCCCUGCACUUGCACUGCACUGACGAGGAGGAAUCAAUACAUUCAUCCCCUCUACCCGGCCCUCAGUUUCUGCCCACCUGCUUGCCUGCAGCCAAUUAGAUCAGACUUCCAAAUGGCUCUGGUCUUUCUUUGCUGAGGAGAAUCGCAUGAGCUCCAAUUAAAACAUUUGAUCUGUGAAAGCUUCAGUUGUUCCCUUAGUAACACCCACACUUUUUCUCUCAACAUGCCCUCCUCUCCUCUCUACCUCUAUCCCUCCAUCUAUUAGGCCUGUAAAAGCCUUCUGUAGUUUGAGUAAAGGAGGAGGAGGAAGAAUUCUCGUUCCAAACAGAAAGCUCAGUUGCCUUUCAAAAAUAUUUAUACAGUGAUCAACAAUGAUGAACACAGGACUAUGGACACAGAGCUGACACAGCUCUAAAAAAGGUGUGUCUUCUCUAUUCCUGCUGUUGUUUUUAAACCGAAGACUUUAAGAGCCCAGAGGUGGAGCUCAACAAAGGAAACCACGGGAGAAACCCCUCCGCCUUGGUACCCAGACUGUGCUAUCUAUUAUAUUUGGAGAAUGUUUAACCAACACUCGUGGCUUUUUUCAUAAUCAAUUUUUUGGUUUUCCAAAGGGAAUAUUAUAUAUAGGUAUUAUAUAAUAUGAUAUAUAUGUAUCUAAAUAUAGCUUUCAGAAGAAAAGACAGUGUUGCAAAGAGGAAAUGUAUUAAAUUAAUCUGCGCCUGUUUUUGGUUGUUAGUAUAGAAAGCAGAGAGAAAUCUUUAAAUUUAUUCCACCAAUAGUUCACUCAUUUCUACCAAUUAUAUAAAUAUAUAUAUAUAUAUUUGAAAGAAAAAAGUAUAUAGAUAUGGAAAUGAAUUUUUUGUCAUAGGUAUACAACUUUCCUUAUGGUCACCCUUUCUUGAACCGUAGCAUGACGAGUUGCAUCAUGUCUUGGACAGAGAGUUUGUUGUUUGUUUUUAUUUUCUUACGGUCUUCCUUCAUACUAAAGGGCAUCCCGUAAUGUGAGGUUGAGACCCCAGUUGGCCCCCCAUCCCUACUGCUUCAGCUACAGACUCCCUGACGUGGGUCUGUCUCUGCUUUUACCCACAACAGCAAGAGGACCACCUAACGAGACAGCUAAUUGGUAAAGUGGGCUCUUCAUCUUAUGCCUGUUAUUCACUCAGGGAUGGAAGUUUGGGGCACUAGCAUGGAGAGGUUGUUGGCUGUUAUUUUAAUACUAUCCAUUUCAAUACUUACCUUUGAGGACAAUUUAACACCACCGCAGUGUGAGAAAUCUUAGAGGGCUAGUAAAAGUUCCAUCCCUGUGACCCCUGAUGACGCUUCUCAGAUCAGGCAGCACAAGGUCUGGUAUUGUGAAAGGAGGAGGUCACUAAAAGGAAGGAAAUACUGGGAUGUUUCUCAUCACCAGUAGACAGGAAACAGAAGCACCAGACAGCAGAAAUCUAUUCCAGAUUUCAUUUUCCCUGCAGAGGAAAACGACUGUUCAGUUUUCAAGUGUGUGAACCUGGCCAAAUUCAGCUUAAACUGUAUAAAUAAAGCAAUUGUUUGUUUUUUCUUUAUAUGUAGUUUAACCUGAAGUAUAACCAACCAAUAAAUCUUAUCAUACAAGGGCUUAAACUAGUUAGAUGUAUGUGCCCUUCUGAAAUGCCACUGCAGGGAAUGUGUCUGUAGUUUAUCAGGCUGUGGGGAUGGGAAAACUUCUGUAAGGUCUUAAAGAAAAUUCAGUGUUUUACAACCUGGCAUUGUCUUGCAAUGUCGCUGCUUCCCUGUUUCUCUACAAUUUACUUAGUGAGUAAAAUAUUAUCAUAAAUGGUGGCAGCCAAAACUAUGAACAUAAGACCCAGGUUGAAAAAAACACCCGAAUUUUCCUUUUACAAUACAAAAUCUACAAUUGUACUCAUGAGUAGCUUCUGCUGGCAGUGAGAAACAGUGAGUUUUAUUCACGCAACAACAAAAAAAAGCGUUUUAUCCAUAGCCUUUCUCUGACAGACGGCCAGGUAGUUUCUAUUACCACUAAAAACCUCUGUGCAUCAGCAGAAUCCAGUCAUUACGCCAAAGCAGUUUUGCUUGGCGAGUAGUUAUGUGCAUCCUUUUUAUUUUUAUUUUGUUUCUUUAUGCUAGCAGUUUGUAAAAGCGGGUGGUGAAAUUAACAUUGUAUCCGGGUUGUAGGAAUAGCACUCACUGCCUCACUGUGACCUCACUGAUUAUUUUACUUCUGACUUAAGUGUUAUGUGCUCAGACUCAUUUGAACUUGUUUGUGUUUAUGGUUCUCUUUUUAUUUAUUUAUAUAUUUUUUUUUCUUUGUUGAUUUGUUACCCUCAGACACUGUGGGUAGAUUUUGUAGCGUGUGGAACAUGAUACUUAAAUCUUUCAUCAUUUGAAUUUUAGAAGGACAGAAAAAAAAUGACAGAAAAAAAAGCAAAUAUCCUGUCCGUUCUAAUCAUACUUACACUUGUAAAAAUGAACAAACUACAAAUAUUCGCUUUUUUUAAUCACAAGCAAUGUAUAUAUGAUAGAUUUCAUAUAAAUUUUUUGGAAAACAAAAAGUAUAUAGAUCUAUAUAUGAAUGUUUGGCAUAUAUGCAUAGUUAACCACCUGUGGAAAAGGUGAGCAGAUUUUAUUCUUUCUAUGAACUCUUGAACUUUUGAACUCUGAACUAUGAACUAGGGGAUGAUUUGCACAAAACAAGGUGACAAGGUGCUAACAUAAAAGCCACCCAUCGUCCAAGUGCAUGCAUGCAUCUGGAUUCCCUGAAUCUCUCUGUGUGGUUGUUCCUCUUCACCGUGUGUGUG